AUGGCCGGUGAGGAAGAGGUGCAGGUGGUAGAGUCCUGCUUCGUAACGCCGGCUGCGGACACGCCGAGGAAAACACUAUGGCUCUCGGCACUCGACCUCAUGCUAGCCAACAAAGGCUACACCCCGCUUGUUCAUUUCUACCGUCGAUGUCCCGGCACCGAAACCACCGACUUCUUCAACGGGACCAAGUUGAAGACAGCGCUAGGCAUGGCCCUUGUGGGCUUCUACCAUGGCCAGCCACCUCAGGGUGGACGCCGACGGCAGGUUAGAGAUCGGUUGCAACAGCAAGGGCAUGCUUUCCUCCUGGCUCGUUCCCAACUCACCAUCGACGACUUUAGCAAUUUGAAGCCAUCACCAAGGCUGAGGAGGUUGUUUGUUCCCCAAAUACUCCCAGCUGAGGUGUGUGCCACCCAGGUGACAUUUUUCAAGUGCGGUGGGGUGGCCUUUGGGACGGCAGUGCACCAUGGCACCAUGGAUGGCAUUUCCGCGUUCCACUUCUUCCAGACAUGGUCAACUUUCUCGAGGGAUGGCGACCGGGCAGUGGUGAAGUUCCCCUACCAUGACCGCACCCACUUGUGUGCAGGUGUUAGGAGCUAG